AUGGUGUCCAGUGCAACCCCCGCCGCCGCGCGGAAAACAGGCCAGCCCGAGAAGAAGUACAAGUGCCAGUUCUGCAACCGCGCCUUCAGCAGGAGCGAGCACCGCAGCCGCCACGAGCGCUCUCACACCAAGGAGCGCCCGUUCAAGUGCCUCAAAUGCCGCAGCACCUUUGUCCGCCGCGACCUGCUGCUGCGCCACGACCGCACCGUCCACGCCAAAGACGGCGGCGUGCCCCUGCCCAGCGAGCAAAAGCGCCGCACCAACAACAAGGCGGCUGAGGCGACGCCCGGCCCCUCGAAGACGGCCGCCACGCCCACGCCCUUCGAUGCCUCGACGCUCGAGCAGAUCGAGGCCAGCAGCGACGAGAUGGUCGACAUCGAGGCCGCCGCCAUGCUGAUGACCGACUUCCACCACAAGGCCAUGGCCAGCCAGGAGCCCGAGAUGGUGCCCGAGCACCACGAGCCCGUCAUGUCGCCCAUCGGCCCCUCCAUCAUGGACCAGCCGCCCGUGCCCUACACCGCCCCGGGCCAGAACAUGCUGCCGCAGAUGCCGUGGCGCGACUCGAUGGUCCCGCAGCCCGAGUCCAAGACGUCGGCCUUCAACGGCGCCGCCCUCAACACGCACGCCCACCAGCUGCCGCCGCUCAUGGAGCGCACCAUGUCGGGCAGCGAGACCCUGGCCCCGACCUUCCCGUCGAUGAACGGCGGCAACCUCGGCACGCCAGGCGCCCUGUCGCCCUAUCCGUCCAUGCUCGGUCCCGUGUCGCCCGUCGACUACCGCAAGUCGCCUGGUCCCAGCCAAGCUCUGACCAUGACGAGGGCCCCGCAGCUCGAGUCGGAGGAGCAGUGCGCCAGGAUAUACGACAACAUCAAGCAGUACGACAGCGAGAACGCGCUGCUGGAGACGUUCCAUCUGCCCAGCCUGAACACACUCAACCGUCUGCUCAAGACCUACUUCGACCUGUUCCACCACCACCUCCCCUUCCUGCACCCAGCGACCUUCAACCCCACUGAGGUGUCGGCGCCUCUGCUCCUGGCAGUGCUGUCGAUAGGUGCCCUGUACAUCUUCGACCAGGACCAGGCCUACAUGCUUCACAUCGGGUCCAAGGUACUCGUCAACCAGUUCCUGCAGAACAAGGAGAACUUCAGUUCCCGAAAGUGCCCUUUGUGGACCAUGCAGAGCACCCUGCUCAACAUGAUCUUCUCCAGCUGGAGUGGUGACCCCAAGGGUCUCGAGUGGGCCUGCUCGAUCAAAAGUCUCCUCGCCAAUAUGGUAGCAGGAAACCGCUAUGAGCUCAAAAUCCGCACAGAAGCCCGUGAGGGUGCUCAGCCCAGCCAUGAGGAGUGGGUAGUUGACGAGCAAUGUCGACGAACAUACUAUGCCGUGUACAUCUUCUUUGGGCUCCUAACUUUGACGUACAAUCAUACGCCAGCUAUGGGAUUUAAUGAGUUCGACACGCUGGAACUACCGUCAUCAGAAACUCUCUGGACUAUGGAGUUCAUCGACGAUGAGUCAUGGUGCGAGAGUCUGGCGGCGUCGAAGAUCAUCACCUUCCGCCAGGCACACGACAACCUCUUCCAAGGAGAGACCGCUCGUUACAGCGCCUUCGCGACUCGAGUUAUGAUCAACGCCUUGUUCCUAGAGGUCUGGUAUCACAAGCGGAGUCCCGAGGCCCUCCAGGACGUCGUCACCGAGUACAAGCUCAGACUCGCCUUGGAGACUUGGGAGAAGUCGCUUGAGCUAUGCGAGCCAGAGACAGUUGUGGUUCAAUUGAGCGCUCCCCACAAAGGGCAUCCUUUGAUCUUCAACGCCAUGGCGCUUUACAGAAACACCAGGGCUCGUCUUGUUGUUGAUCUGAAAUCUAUCCAGGAAGCUCUACGUUACCACGACUCGUACGAAGUCGCUGCAGCCAUGACUAAUGCUCGCGACAAGGUUCAACGAUCGCAGGAGAUGAUCAAGGUUAUCCAGGAGUGCUUUGACUGCAUUGAGGUCGCAGCUGUACAAGGCAUUCGAUGGGUCGCACGGACAUCAGCGACCAACUGGAGUAUCGAGCACCCUCUUACCGGGAUGGACCUGAUGGUCAUCCUUACGCUUUGGCUCUACCGCCUGGAGCAUGACGAAGAGCCUGCCAAUGAGGAGGAACUCGCCAUGUACAACAAGCUGCGCAACCUGUUUGAUGACGAUUCUGUCGAUGUUUACGGUGCCAAACUGAGCUCCACAGUGGCACGACUGUGGGGUAGCAUGAUUGAUGAAGUUGUUGUCUGGGGUAUCACCAAACUUAUGGGAGAAUCCUUCAAACUCCACUCUCAAGCCCUCGUCGGCUACGAAGACGCAAUGUCGUCCAGGUCUGGAUCUGCCACACCCUCAAUGACUACUGGCGGUGUUCAAGUCCUCGAAAUGCAGAUGGCUUAUUAG